GAUACAUGUACUUGACCUCAAGGGUAUCUGUUUUGUUUUUUCUAAGCAUCUUAUAAGGUUCUUAAAUACUGAUCGGACAAAUACAGAAGUCUCAGUCGUGCUCUGUUGCUUGAAUCGAUUCCAAGAUGAGGGGGCUGUUAGUUUGCCUGGCAGGCUUACUGGUCUGCCUGAAGACGGCUGAUUCUCACUCAUUGCCGCAAAAGGAUUACGACGCUGACUCCAACAAACAUGACAUUACCAAUCCACUGGAUGACACCAGCGGAAAUAAUAGCACAUCGGUCCCCGACAACUCCAGCGGAAUGUUUUAUUCUAACAUCACAGUUUUCUUCGUGCGUUACGUAACUAGGGGUGACAAUAAAGUGGACAAAAGUAUAUACGCCCACAAGAACGGCAAAGCGAAGAAAGUUUUAGAAGACGGCAUGGCUGUCUCAUGCUGUUAUCUAAAAUCGCGCGCCUAUUUGGGCAAUAAGGACGGUAUCUACGUUUACGACACAGAAACAGAGAAGCUUGAGAAGUACGGCAAUCUGAGUGACAACGUCAUCGGGAUCGCAAAAGAGAACCGCACCGACGACCUGUACAUUCUGACGGAAGACCACGUCGUCUACAAGGUCAUCGAGGAAGGCACCAAGAAGAUCAAGGUCAACGAGGCUGAGCAUGCUGAGCAAAUAGCGCUGGACUGGGAUGACAACUUGUAUUACAUCGGAGCCAACAAUCAACCGUAUGUUGUCGCUUCGGACGGUGCGAAGAAGAUCGAAGGUCUUCCAGCUAAUCCAACUUCAGCGUUAAUCUCUAAGCCUCCGAUCACGAUAGAGCACGGAGCGUGGUUGACAUUCGGAAAACAGCCCUACAUCAUCUAUCGCAACGCGACCAGCGAACCAUACGUAUUCAACGACCAAGAGAAGUUGGAACAUGAGAAAAGAAAUCGUGAUCUUGAUGUUAUUUUCUUACAGUUCAGGAACCAAAUAGAGGAAUAACGUAUUAUCUUCGGAUUUCGCGAGUUGUAGAGAUAAUUAAAAUGACUCUUACAAACUGACCGUGUGUGUGUGUGCGUGUGUGUGUGUUUACACAUACAUGACCACGAAAGCUGUACAAAAUUUAAAAAAAUUGUAAUUUAAUAUUGACAAUAACAAACACGAGAUUAAACUGUAAAAGUAAUUUUAAUUAUAGAAAUAACGUGUUUUUGAUUGAAAUGAAAUCCGAAUGAAUCUUGUGGAA